AUGGUAAACAUUACGGAGAAGAUUAAGGAGAUAGAGACGGAGAUGGCGAGGACGCAGAAGAACAAGGCGACUGAGUAUCAUCUUGGUCUUCUGAAGGGAAAACUUGCAAGACUACGAGCGCAGCUACUGGAACCUGCACCAGGAGCAGGUUCAGGAGGUGGCGCCGGCUUCGAUGUCAGCAAGAGUGGCGAUGCGCGAAUAGCGCUGGUCGGCUUUCCUUCAGUCGGCAAAUCCACCUUUCUGUCGAAGAUCACCAAGACGAAGAGUGAGGUCGCCGCAUAUGCUUUCACGACCCUGACGGCCAUCCCGGGCGUGCUUGAAUAUGGAGGCGCUGAGAUUCAAGUACUCGACUUACCCGGGAUUAUCGAAGGGGCUGCCGAGGGUAAGGGAAGAGGUCGUCAAGUCAUUUCGGCUGCGAAGACAAGUGAUUUGAUCCUCAUGAUUCUCGACGCCACUAAGCGCGCCGAACAGCGAGCACUGCUCGAAGGCGAGUUGGAAGCGGUGGGCAUCAGGCUCAACCGAGAACCGCCGAACAUCUAUCUCAAGCAGAAGAAGGCAGGCGGUAUGAAGAUCACGUUUCAGUCACCUCCCAAACGGCUGGACGAGAAGAUGGUCUUCAACAUUCUUCGGGACUACAAGAUGCUGAAUUGCGAAUGCCUCGUACGGGACGAGAAUGCAACCGUGGAUGAUCUCAUCGACACCAUCAUGAAGGAUCAUAGAAAGUACAUCAAAUGUCUAUACGUCUACAACAAGAUCGACAGCGUCAGCCUAGACUUCCUCGACAAGCUAGCACGCGAGCCAAACACCGUCGUCAUGAGCUGUGAGCUCGACCUCGGUAUCCAGGACGUCGUCGAGCGGUGUUGGGAAGAGCUACGGCUGAUCCGCGUCUACACGAAAAGGAAAGGCAUAGACCCAGACUUCUCCGAGGCGCUUAUCGUGCGAAAUGGUGCAACAAUCGAGGAUGUUUGCGACCAGAUUCAUCGGACCCUCAAGGAAACCUUCAAGUAUGCGCUGGUGUGGGGCGCCAGUGCAAGGCAUCUGCCUCAGAGGGUUGGACUUGGGCAUGCGGUGGCGGAUGAGGAUGUUGUGAGCAUCGUGGCGAAGUAG